AUGAAGCUUACUUUCAAGGAUCUGAAGCAGAUGAAGUUCGUCAUCGACGUCGAACCAUCUGAAACUGUUCGCGAGGUCAAGGCCAAGAUCGCCCAAGAAAAGGGCGAAUAUGAAGCAGAGCGCAUGAAGGUCAUUUACUCCGGAAAGAUUCUUCAGGAUGACAAGACAGUUGAAUCUUACAACAUUCAAGAAAAGGACUUCCUAGUCUGUUUGCCUCAGAAGCAACCUAAGGCCCCCGCUGCCGCCUCUCAACCCCCCGCUACUCCAGCUGCCCGAGCCCCUGCAUCGACACCUGCUGCCCCUCCUGCUCCCCAGGCCGCUGCCGCCCCUCCCCCAGCUGCUGCUCCCGCAACACCGUCUCCGGCCGGUGCUACCCAAUCAGGCCCCGCAUUUGGUGACCCCUCAACCCUGGCUAUGGGCUCUGCCGCUGAGGGCGCCGUUGUGCAGAUGGAGGCUAUGGGUUUCGCCCGCGCUGACAUUGACCGCGCUAUGCGCGCCGCGUUCUACAACCCCGACCGUGCCAUUGAAUACCUUCUGACCGGAAUCCCUGAUAACAUCCAGGAGCAACAACAACAACAGCAACAGGAAGCAGCUGAAGAGCCCGCCCCUACGGGUGCCCCCGCUGCCACUGGUGGUGAGGAGCCUCUCAACCUUUUCGAAGCCGCUGCCCAAGCCGGUGGUGAGGGUGGUCGGCCCCGUGGUGCUGGUGCCGCAGGUGCAGGUGCCGGCGCAGGUGCUGCUGGUGGUGAAGCCCUUGGCAGCCUCGAGUUCCUCCGCAGCAACCCUCACUUCCAGCAGCUCCGUCAGUUGGUCCAACAACAGCCGCACAUGCUUGAGCCCAUCCUGCAGCAGGUCGCUGCUGGGAAUCCCCAGAUUGCUUCCAUCAUUGGUCAAAACUCCGAUCAAUUCCUGCAGCUCCUUGGUGAAGAAAUUGAGGAUGAUGAGGGUGCUCUGCCGCCCGGCGCACAGGCUAUCUCAGUGACGGAAGAAGAGCGCGAUGCGAUCGAACGUCUUUGCCGUCUCGGUUUCCCCCGCGACUCGGUCAUCCAGGCGUACUUUGCUUGCGAUAAGAACGAGGAAUUGGCGGCGAACUUCCUUUUCGACCAGCCUGACGAGGAUGAAGAGUAA